CGAAGUGAAUAACAUCGCCCAAUGGCUGAUGGGAAAUGAUGCAGUUGUACAUGUUCGCGUUGGUGAGUGUUUCCCUCUGCUGCGAUCCUUGCUAGAAAUCAGACCAAUGACCUCAUCUGAAGCUGUAGCUUUCGGCCAUCUGUAUGUGGCUGAGGAACUGAAGAUUGAAUGAGUAAUGGACAAGAUUUUCACAUCAAUAUGGAGUUGCCUGUUGUAUCGCAGUGAGGAGAUAGUGCUUACUUUGUCAAGAAGCUACCAGUGGCAGAGAUAGUUGAUGCGAUUAAAAAAAGUGCUUGAGCCGUUACAGAGGAGAGGGUAGGAACUAUGGGGGCAUUCCUUGAUAAGCCAAAGAUGGAGAAAGAGAAUGAAGUUGGCUGCGGCAAUGGCUUGCGCUUUGCCCUUUGCAGCAUGCAGGGCUGGCGAGUGGAGAUGGAGGACGCCCAUACCGCUGUCAUUGGCCUUCCGUUUGGCCUCAAAGACUGGUCAUUCUUUGCUGUGUACGAUGGCCACGCAGGCUCCAAAGUUGCUAAAUACUGUGCCAAAAAUUUAUUGGAUGAGAUCACUUCAAAUAAAGAGUUCAAAGGCUGUGACAAGCCAGGUCCUACUUUCCAACCGACAGAAGACAAUGUGAAAAUGGGACUGAGGACUGGUUUCCUUAACAUUGAUAAAAAGAUGAGAGACAUAUUAACAAGAGAGAAUGACAAGAGUGGAUCUACAGCUGUUGGGACUAUUAUCUCACCAAAGCAUAUUUUUUUUGCUAAUUGUGGUGAUUCUCGUGCAUUGUUAAGUCGUAAGGGAACAGUGUGUUUCUCUACAGAGGACCACAAGCCAAGUAAGCAAAAUGAGAAGAAUCGAAUUGAGAAAGCCGGCGGAACAGUUAUGAUCCAGCGAGUAAAUGGAUCACUAGCAGUAUCAAGGGCCUUAGGAGAUUAUGAAUACAAAAGCAAUUUUGGAAUGGGUUCUACUGAGCAACUUGUCUCUCCAGAGCCUGAUAUCAAAGUAAUACCGCGGCAGCCUGAUGAUGAGUUUAUUGUUCUUGCUUGUGAUGGAAUCUGGGAUGUCAUGAGUAAUGAAGAGGUUUGUCGCUUUAUACGAUCACGGCUAGAACUGACUGACAACUUGAAAGAAGUCUGCAACAUGGUGGUUGAUACGUGCCUAUGCAAGGGGAGCCGUGAUAACAUGAGUAUCAUCAUUGUCACACUUGAAAAUGCACCUAAGGUGUCACAGCAGGCCCUUUCCAAAGAGGCAGAGUUAGAUCAAGCACUGGAAGCAAAAACAAAAGAGAUAAUGGACAGUUUUGGUGAGCGGGUUGGCAUUGACUUGGUAAUGCAUGUUAUGACAACAACAGAUAUAGAAGGUCUACCGCCGGGUGGAGGGAUACAAGCAAAGAAAUCUACCAUCGAAGCUAUUGUUAACAGACUAAAUUCAGACCAAAAACAGGAUGAGGAGGCAUCCGAUGACGCUUGGUAGGCUGUCUGGUAGUUUGAGGAGCCUAUGAAUUUGUAGGGAUGGACAAUGUGUGCAUUCUCUUAAUGGAUGGAAUUUCUUCUAGCUUGGGCUCUGCACUUUGGAACUGCACCUUGACUGACAGCAUUGUCAGGAGCUGUGUACAGUAAACCCUGCCUUCUGAAUGGUCCUUGGUGAAAUAUGUGAAUGAAUGGUCAAACACCCACUCAUGGAGACUAAACCUUCUAGAUGUUAUGAAGGCUUUGGUAAAAAUUCUUCAAUGUCUCUACAUUCUGUGAGUACGCACCAAGGUGGAACACCCCUUGCGUUCUCUGCUGAACGUCAGACUUGUUUUGUGUACACACGGACACCCAGUUGGCGUAAGUGUGGUCGCAGUGAUACGUGUACAUACACGUACAUGCAUACCAUCGAGUAUCACACAGUGGUUAUGAGACUUGUACAUAUUCAUAGCCAUUCAUGGGCCACUCCUAGAUUAGAUGUACAUGUUACUAGUUGCACAUAAUCUAUUAUAGUGUCAUUAUUGCCAGAAUGCAAGCAUGUGCACUGUAAUGAACAUAGCCUGCUGUGUCUCCACCUGUGUGGGAAAUGUUUUUGAAUACUAACAAGCAUGUUUGAAUGAACUUAAAUGGAAAAAAAAAAGUGUCAGGGCAAAUGUUUGCAGUUAAGAUGUGGACUGAAUUUUUUCCUUUGUUUCUUGAGAAAAAAUGUAAAAUUUGAGAACCUGUGCACAAAAUCUUGUGAAGCCUCAGAAUGAAAUACAUUGUACUGCUGAAAAAACCCAAUCUUUUCAUUUACACGUGUGUUAACCAUUUGCUGCUGGGGCAUUCAUCAAUGUUGAAAAUGCUGGUCCGGGGUAAUUAUCAUUUUUUUCUGUUUUCAAAAUUCUUUCUUUAAAAAUUCCUAUCUUUAUUUACUGGAAACUUACACCCAC